ACCCGUACAGCGCCGUGUUCCAAACAUACGCCUUUAACAACCUUUUUCGAAUUUCUAAAUUAACCAUUUGCGAGUAUAGAAAUAACAUAGAAAAAUAUGAACCAUGUAAAACAUAAGUACUGCAGUGCCCCCGUCCUGCUCUUCGAGAAUUUGGUGCUACAAUAAAAUUGACAAAACAAACGCGGGUUAUUUUUAGCGUAUUGCAUAUCAAACACAAAAUAAUAGAUGUGAUGCUUUGAAUACCUUGGUUACCAUACACAGAGACAAUCAAUAAUAUUUUCCAGUUGUCAUUGUUUCCUUAACAACCUGCAUUGUAUUUAUUAACACUUUGACAUUUAGUUGUGAUUGAAUUCUAUAUUUUUGAAAAUGGAAAAGCACGCCAUAGUUCCUGACGUAUUAGAUAAAAUUCCUCAAAAAGUUCUCGAAGUGGUGUACACAGGAAAUGUGAAAGUUGAUUUGGGUAACGAAUUAACACCCACCAAAGUAAAAGAUCCACCGACUGUCAAAUGGGACGCCGAAGAAGGCAGCUUUUACCUUCUCUGCAUGACGGAUCCGGAUGCUCCAAGCAGAUCGAAUCCAAAAUUCCGAGAGUGGCACCACUGGCUGGUCGGUAACAUACCCGGAAAUGACAUAGCGAAAGGACAAGUGUUGUCCGAAUAUAUUGGUGCAGGACCACCGAAAGGUUCGGGACUCCACCGAUACAUUAUCGUGGUUUAUAAACAGUCCGGAAAAUUGAAUUUUGACGAAAAGGAACUCACCAAUAGAUCAGGUGAUGGGAGAGGGAAGUUUUCCAUUCGCAAGUUCGCAGCUAAAUAUAAACUCGGUGAUCCGAUUGCUGGGAAUUUAUUUCAAGCCCAGUGGGACGACUACGUACCAAAACUGUAUAAACAACUAGGUUCUUAAACAAGGUUUACUUGUUGUACUGAAUGAUGGUUCUCAAUUUAUUAUUAAAAUAGAACACUUACUGAGCAAGUGCAGUUGAGU